AAGCGGCGGGCAGGCGGGCGGGCGGCGGUGGGGGGAGGCCGAGCGCUGCCCAUGGAGCUGCUGCGGAAAUGGCUGGGCCACCCCCAGGACAUCUACCACCUGCUGCGCUUCAAGAUGGGCGGCUACCGGGCCGUCAUGCCGCAGGUCGACCCGGACUCGCUGGGACGAGGCCUCCGCACCUGCUACCGGUACCUCAACCAGACCAGCCGCAGCUUCGCCGCUGUCAUCCAGGCCCUGGACGGAGAGCUGCGACAUGCCGUCUGUAUAUUCUACCUAGUCCUCCGUGCCCUGGACACCGUAGAGGAUGACAUGACCAUCAGCUUAGAUGUGAAGGUCCCGAUGUUGCAUGAGUUUCACUCCUAUCUCUAUCAACCAGAGUGGAAGUACACGGAGAGCAAGGAGAAGGACCGGCAGGUGCUCGAGGACUUCCCAACGAUCUCCAUGGAGUUCAGGAACCUGUCAAAGGUCUACCAGGAUGUGAUUUCAGAUAUCUGCCACAAGAUGGGCGUCGGGAUGGCAGAGUUCUUGGAGAAGAAGGUGGACUCUCAGCACGAAUGGGAUAAGUAUUGUCACUAUGUUGCUGGGCUGGUGGGGAUCGGCCUUUCCCGUCUCUUCUCUGCAUCCAAACUAGAAGAUCCUAUCGUUGGGCAGGACACGGAGCUGGCAAACUCCAUGGGCCUCUUCCUGCAGAAAACCAACAUCAUCCGUGACUAUCUGGAGGACCAGCUAGAAGGAAGGGAGUUCUGGCCCAGAGAGGUUUGGAGCAGAUAUGCAAAGAAGCUGUCGGAUUUUGCCAAGCCAGAGAACAUUGAUAUGGCUGUCCAGUGUCUGAAUGAGCUCAUCACCAACGCCCUUCACCACGUCCCUGACGUUCUCACAUACUUAUCCCGUCUGAAAAACCAAAGUGUCUUCAACUUCUGUGCUAUCCCCCAGGUGAUGGCCAUUGCCACCUUGGCUGCCUGCUAUAACAACAAGCAGGUGUUCAAGGGUGUGGUGAAGAUCCGGAAGGGACAAGCUGUCACUCUCAUGAUGGAUGCUACAAGCAUACAAGCUGUAAAAGCUAUCAUGUACCAGUAUGUGGAAGAGAUCUACCAGAAGAUCCCAAGCACGGACCCAUCAUCCAACAAGACACAGCAGGUGAUCUCCACCAUCCGUGCCAUGAGCUUGCCCAGUGGCUCCAUGGCAUCACGCCACCACUACUCCCCCAUCUACCUGUCGUGUGCCAUGCUCCUGGCUGCCCUGAGCUGGCAGUACCUGAGCACCAUCUCCAAGGCCACCGAGGAGUAUGUCCAGGCGGGCGAGAACUGAUGGGCAGUGCGGGCAGGUGGGGAAAAAAGAAAUGGUUGGUGGAUGGGCAGUAGAGGCAGGAUGCUCCUUGUCCCCCACCAGUGGGGAUGGCCUGGCAGUGGGGUGCCAUGGGGCCUGGGACAGUGAUGAGGAUGGGAUGCUGGUGAGCUGCAGCCCUGGGGUGACAGUGUGACAUUGCCAGACUCUGCUCCUCACCGCCCUUGCCAUCUGCUUGGAUGGUCACGAACACUGAUCGGAGUCUUGCUUUUUGGGAUUGAAUAUCUUUUUUUUUUUUCCCUUUCCUGGUGGACUGUUUACCUGAAUUUUUUUGUUGUCGUUAGGAUGGUUUUAAAUAGAAGCUCCGGUUGCCUCUUUUCUUGCUUGAGAUUUGAGACACCUUUCCAGCUCAGAGCUGAGCAAAACCACCUGGAUUUUGCCUCCCUUUCUUGGGCAGCCUCUUCUGCAUUGUCUGUGGUGCCUGCUCUGCACUGGAAGGCUGCUUCCUCAGCUGGGAGAGGAGUACAUUUCCUUAUCCAAGGAAGAAGCUCUGUCACCUUCUGGUCCUCAGCCCAGCCUAGGAACAGACAGAGGCAAUCUUCACAUUUCUGUUGUGCUGCUGAAGGAGGCUACUGGGCUUGAAACAAGCCCUUUUAGUAAUAAACACAGGGGAGGGGGGAUGCUAUGUCCAUUGGAAUGUGCCCCCAGUUGAAAGGCAUCUCUGGCAGCUUCCUGCCCUCUAGCAGAUGGCACCCUGCCCUCACAAAGCUUCAGUUUAGCAGCUUGGGAGGUGGUGAAAUGGAGGAGACAGGAGUUGCCUGCGUGGCCCUGAGCUACCAGCCCCAUGUUUGACUCCACGGCAGGGUCAAAGCUCUGAGCCCUUUCUUCAGCCCAAGGGGAUGAGUGGCUGUGGCAGAGCACCCAUCACAACAGCACCAGGUGCCUCUGCAAGGCAGAGGAGCAAGGGUUUGCACCACCCUGUCCCUCAUGGGAUGCUUUUUAUGGGGUCUUGGUGCAUUGGCCACCCUGAAAGGCAGUGGUGAUCCCCACCACAGGCUGGGAAGGUUGGAGCCACUGAGGCAGUGGCCAGGGCAGGUUUCCCUGGCCCACUUGUCUUUAGCUUGGGAUGAUUCUUUGGGUUAGUCUGAUGUGCAAGCUGGACAAGGCUUCCACUGCUGCUUUGAAACACAUCAGCCUGGAUUGACUUCAAGAGCAAACAGCACAUUAAGGGCAAGUCUUGUUUUCCUGUGGUGUAUUUUUGUUUUCAGGGUCCCUACCCAACCCUCCUCAGAUGCUGCUUUGCCUUUGUGAAGGGAAGGACAGCCCGUGUUCUGGUGCAGGACAGAGGUGUCCAUCAGGUGCAGUUCAGUGGCCUUUGAAAGGCCAAGCCCCUGUGGCCAGACUGUUACUCAGAAGGAGGACCUUACUCCACAAGUAUUCAUGUAGAUAGUUUUAAGCUGUUCAAAAGAAACUUGCAGUAGCUCUCUUUGUGCAGCUUCCUGUCUUGUUGAAAUUAAAGUUUUCUUUGGGAAA